GUAAAAAUAAAGUUGAUGCAACAGCAGACUUCAUGUGAUGUGUGCUAAGAAUAAACGUCAGAGUGCGACGUAUUCUGCCAACAUUUUCAGGUAUGCAUGAAAAUGAAAAACUUAAAUAACAUUAAACGUAAAUAUAAUUUUUGAUUACGUCACAUAGUGGUAUUGUGCAUUUGGUAGCAUUAAUAGAACAAUCAUAAGAGCGGAGAGAAAUAAACACCUAACAAGGUACUGUAUUUCAAUGUUAAACCUGUAGAUUUUCAUUCACUGCUGCUUAACUACAAAACAGAUGUACAUGUGACAUGGACAGAGAGACUUUUCAAACGUGCUGCAGUCUUGUCAAGAACCACAGACCAUGCUAUGAGAAAUUAUGUUCCUCUAAUCUUAUUAACUAUAUAGAGAAAAAAGAUUUCAGUUAUUCCAAGUUUUUUGAAAAAUAUGUGCUUCCAAAUUACCCAUGUGUGUUUUCGGGACGCUACACGGAGGACUGGAACAGUAGGAAGCGCUGGGUCACACAAGAAGGAAAACCAAAUUUUCAACGAUUGCUCCAGGAUUUUGGAGAUGCAUUAGUUCCUGUGGCAAACUGCAAUGCGAAGGAGUACAAUGCCAAUCCAAAGAAGAUUAUCCCUUUUAAGGAAUACAUUGCUUAUUGGAAAGAUUACAUCCAGAACGGGCAUUCGUCUCCCAAGGGUUGUUUGUACCUGAAGGACUGGCACCUACACAGGGAGUUCCCAAAACACAAUGCUUACAGCACUCCUGUGUUUUUCACAUCUGACUGGCUGAAUGAAUAUUGGGAUGCCAUUGAGGUUGAUGAUUAUCGAUUUGUCUACAUGGGACCUAAAGGCUCCUGCUGGUCAGCCAACGUUUGUGGGAGAAAGAAGUGGCUACUAUACCCCCCCGGCCAGGAGGAUAACCUAAGAGACUGCCACGGAAACUUGGUUUAUGAUGUCACAGAAUCCAUCCUCCAAGACAAGAGGCAGUUCCCCAGAUACGACAAGAGCUGCCAGCCCCUGGAGAUCAUACAGGAGGCAGGGGAGGUCAUCUUUGUGCCCAGUGGGUGGCACCACCAGGUUUAUAAUCUGGAGGAUACUAUAUCUAUUAACCAUAACUGGGUUAACAGCUGUAACGUGGACACUAUGUGGCAAUACCUGCAGAGGGAACUGGCUGCAGUACAGAGUGAGAUUAGUGAGUGGAGAGAUUCAAUGGACAACUGGCACCAACACUGUCAGAUUAUGAUGAAGUCUUGCACCGGCAUUGAUUACAAGGAGUUCUACAUGUUCUUGAACAUCAUCUCCAAGAAUCGCAUCUCUUUCCUGCAGUCGUUCGGAGGUGAUACUGGUUCAAGCAGGAUCCAGCACCCUCAUGAUCUGUCCACCCUGGGUCCUCACCACGCAGUCUUUGAUUUAAACAAGGUGGCCCAGGUGCUAGAGUGUGUGCUCAGUAAUGAGGAAUUUAAAAAACUAGACCCAGAUUCACUAUCUCCGCGACCCGAAGACCUGCUGCAGAAAAUUAAAGAAGCUACAGAAAAAACACCAUUGUGACUGCUCCUGUUACUUUGGUAAUUACAUACUGUAAUAGAAACUAAGUCUAAUUCUGGGUUUAGUAGUUUGAAGCAUGAACAUUACGAAUCUAGAAUACUUAAAAGCCCCUGAAUUAAAUUCAAUAUAAAGUUUAUUUCAAUAUACUGGUAUUGUAUUGUAACUUCAAUUCAGACUUUUUU